CCCCCAUGAGAGUAAGAAGAAGAUGGCGGCGCGGGUGAGGGACGGCGUCUCGCCUCGCUCCGCCGUCGCCUCCACGCGGCUGCCCGCACGCAGCAGGCUCGGCAGGCGGUCCAAGGACGGAGACGGAGGAGGAGGCAGCGGCGGCGGUGGCGGCGGCUUCGAUCAACGCGACGACGAUAAGGAGAGGGAGAGCCGAGUUCAGCAGCAGCAGCGUCACCUCCACCCUGAGCAGCAGCAGCAGCAGCAGGCGAGGUCGGUAGGGAGGCCGCGAAGUCGGCGGAUCGGCGUGGGCUUCAGCUCGGACGAGAGCGAGGGCGAGGCGAUUGUGUCGCACCACCACCAUCGCCACCACCAUCAUCAUCAUCCCGUGUCCCCGUUCCCAUCCAUUCCGCACCCACCGCCGCCGCCGCCGUCUCCUCACUCCCCUCCUCGCUACCAACAUUCACCACCUUCUCCUCGCACGGCCGCACUCAACAACGGCCUCAAGCGCGACUCUCCGCGGUUCAAGGCCCCGGCCUUGCCGAGCCCCAAUGGCCGAGGAGGGGCCAAGCUUGUGCCGCUGCAGCCUGGCGGCGCGGCCCUCGAGCACAGCCGAGGAGGCGAAGGAGGCGCCAAUGGGAACAGCAGCAGCGGUAGCAGCAGCGGCAGCGAGGGAUAUUCGGCAUCCGACGGCGAGGACGACGAGGGGAGGAACCCCACUGGUGCCGCGAGGUUGCACGGGGACUCGAGGAGGCAUCAACACCCUCGCCACCAGCACCACCAUCAGAAGCAGCAGCAGCAGCAUCAACACCACCGGUUGCAGAGGCAGCAGCAGCAGCAACAGCAGCAGGCUGUGGGCAGAGGGCUCGUCAAGUCCUCGCCGGGCGUUGCGGACUCAGUCGUCCAGCAGAAUCCGAGCGAGAAGUUGUUUGGGGCGCGUUACGUAGCUGAUGGAACAAACGGCGGUGGAACUGGACGUGGUGUUGCAGUUGAUGGCGUUGCUUGCGACGGAGUGGUGGCUGGUGGCGACGGUGGUGGUGGUGGUGAUCGUGCCACCAAGCAGGGUGACCAUCACGGCAACUGCGUGGUGCGAAACCGGCAGGUUGCGGGGUCAAGCGAGACCCACGCACCCAUGGUCACCACCACCACCUCAACCUCGUCUUCGUCGUCGUCGUCUACCACAACCACCACCACCCCGGACGCCAACCACUCUGGCACCAACCACACGCGAGCGAGACGCGGCUCGGAGACUGAGCGGGAGCUGCUUCGCCAGUUCAAGGUGGAGGAGGGCGAGGCGGUGACCCGCCGGCGAGCCUUCUGUGCCCAGUACCUGUCCAUGCUGCUCCUGCUGAGCACAGCUCUCUUCUUCCUGUGCCUCGCGUUCGUCUACGUGAACAUCAGGACGGCGAGCGAGCGUCAGGGCAACGCCACAUCAAGCAGUGCUUGCUGUAACCAUUCUGCCUUGGACGAUGGCCCUGAGUGGCAGAUCCUCAGCAAACUCUACGAUCAUCUGGCCACCAUCGCCGGUGACCUGGACUGCGGGGACCACGUUCACAUCAAGAGUCGCAGGAUUUCGUUUGUAGAUGCAUACGCGUUCAUCACGUCGACAUCCCCAUUGGUCAACGAGUCGAUGUUCAACGCUUCACUCCAGACGAUCAUCGGGAGCGAAGCCGACCUCGGCAUUCGGUUGCUUGGUGAGGACACGGAGCAGGAGGUCGCGAACCUCGUGGACGUUCGAUACCUCGAGUCGACGCACCCGCAGAGGUCCUUCAUCUGCCGCCUGCGCAGGGCCUUCCUCACAGUGCUGCACAAGAUGUUCAUCGUGUUUGCAGGUGUAGGGAUUGUGCUGGGCGUGCUGGCCUACAUGAAGUAUCGCUGGCGCAAGGAGGAGGAAGAGACCAGAAACAUGUAUGACCUGGUCGAGAGAAUCAUCGACAUGCUGCGGAGCCACAGCGAGAACUGCGUGGAGAACAAAUCCCUGCAACCCGUGUUGCCUCUUCCCCACGUCAGGGACACGCUCAUUCCGCUGCAGGAGAGGCGGAGGAUGGGCCGGGUCUGGCGCCGCGCCGUGGCGUUCAUCGCCGCCAACGAAUCGCGCGUGCGCACGGAGCGGCAGCACAUGGCCGGCGAGGACUGCGAGGUCUGGCGCUGGACGCAGGCCGCGGCCACGGCUCCGCCGCCAGGGAAGCUGCCCGCCAAGAUCUGGCAGGGCAAGGCCUUCCACCUGGAUCGGAGGAACUCCCCACUGCACAGCCUCACUCCCUGCCUCAAGAUACGCAACAUGUUUGACCCAGACAUGGAAAUUGGGGAGAAAUGGCACCUGUCAAUCCACGAUGCCAUCAUGGAGAAGUGCCACGACAACGGUGGCAUCGUCCACAUUGAGGUGGACAAGACCUCGCAUGAGGGCUGCGUGUACGUCAAGUGCCUUUCGCCUGAGCAUGCUGGGAAGGCAUUCAAAUCGUUGCACGGAUCGUGGUUUGACGGCAAGCUGGUGACGGUGAAGUACCUGUGGUUGGAGCGGUACCACCAGCGGUUUCCGCACGCCGUCACCAGCAACAUCCCCAUGCAGCCGUCGAACCGAGCGGCAAACGCGGCCCCCUCCUCCUCCCCCGGCUGCCAAGUGGAGAGGCACGGCGACAAGACAAUCUAAAAAUCACGCUGCUUCCUCACCGCAACACCUCGAGGCCCCCUCGCCUUCUUCAAACUGGCCUUGCCUGCCUCAAGUUCUCUCUCCUUCCUUGACCGUCCCCUGCUACCCGCCGCGCCAACACUCCACUCCACUCCCCCCCCCCCUUUCCCCACCACGCUCCCUUUUUACGCAUGGGAGAAAUCACCCGUUGAGUCGGCGUUGAUCUCAGACGAUCGCUUGAUGCCUCGUUUUUCUGUUCCAUUUAUCCCUCCUACGGCUCGACUUUUUGUGUUUGACCCUUUGGACUACUGCCUGCGAGUGCCCGUAUGUACGCUGCUAUUCUGUCAAAGUGCAGUAUUACUAAUGGGGGUGGGGGGGGGUUUGGCAUAUGCUUCUUGUUGUAGGACCCUUGAAUCCACUCUGGUCUACAGAUUCCAAUCCCAUCUGAAAAAUGUGCAUUUAAAAAAAAGCCAUUUUUACAAUAAACUUAAUUGAACUCAAUUUUCUUUUACUUUUUUAUGUAAGAAGUAGCGUCAACCUUUUUUACAUGCGAGAAAAAAAUUACAAAAAUCUUUUAAACAAUAAGUCUGAUGUUUUCUUAACGAAUACUGCAAAUUGCGGUGUUCCGUUAAAUAUUUUUUACCUUGUAUAUUUUGUCGCAAAGGCCUCCUUGAAAGCCGUGGCACCCCCGGUGGAUUGUUUCGCCAUGUCCCCGUGUGAGCCGCAGCGCUGCUUGAUCACCGUGGGUCCACGGUGGGAGACGCGUUGUGUAACCGCCACGGCCUCCCUCUCUCGCUGGCAUUCGUUUGCACAAUAACGCCGGGGGGUCUUGCCUCUCCGCCUCCCCACAGGGGAUUUCCAGGCUAAAUUCCUCGCACCCCCGCCACGGUCUGCCUUUUACAAUCGCCGAGCGAGAGACGCUUGCUGUCCGCCUUGUUGACUGGGGUCGGAUCGCUCUGGACACCAUGCUGUGUGUGCAAAAACACCCAAGUGUUUUGCAGUGCUGUGUGCGCUGGCCACCGGAAAGUAAAGCAAAUAGGUUGCGAACAGGGUGAUCCAUUUUAUCGACUGACCUGAGCUCGCGCGUGAUUAAAUGUGGUGUAAACAAGUCACACCCGCUACGUUGGACAGAGUGCAUCGGGCGGGCAUUGGUGAUGUAAUGGGUUGAAUGAGAUUGUUAGGAGACAUGCAGGACGCUUCAAAAUGAAGUUGUGCUCUCCUUAUAGUUUUUCGCUUAUUUAAGCGGAGUACCGGUAAGUGGAUCGCCCAUGUAUUUCUCUUUCGGAGGACGAGAGUGUGUGCAGGUUGUUGCCAAGCGUGCCCCCCCCCCAACCCCCAUGUCCGCUCGCGUGCAAGUGAGGAAUUGGUCGAAACUUCUCAAUUGCGGGACCCUCCUCCUGAGAGAGUCCCCGAGGCUCGGCCACGACUUCCUUGGAUUCCAAAAAAAUACAACGCUCUUCUGUACAACGCGAAAUUGUCGUUUUAUGACGUGUUCAGUCUGUUGAAGCGAGACGAAACAAACCUUGGGGCUGUGGUGGGGAAUGAGCACAGGAGCUUGAGGAUCCCCCGGCACACAGGGUGUUUUAAAAUUCGUACUGCAAGCAAGAUACGGCGAGUCACCUAAGCUCCCGUAUUACAAUUUGUUCCUGACGGUCCACUCUUGGUGUUGCGUUUGCGAUGGAUUCGUUUAUUUUAGUUUUAUAUCUAUAUUUUCCUACCUAAUCGCAUAUAUUGAUUUUCGUGUUUUUUUUGGGACCUGUUAAUAGGUUGUUUGUAUUGGAUGCUACCUGCGUUAGGAGAGUGGGGGGGGGGGUGUUACAAAUAUUUUAAGUGGGUGCAUCUCCCGAGUGUAAAUGCAAACUGUACAUUUUAUUUUUCCGUCGGGUUAUUUUGCAAAGAUGUAAAGUUGUAAUGGUGAUGCUUCGUUUGCGUGCGCGCCUGUUGGGUGGCGAUGUUGGUCCGGGGCAGACCGCGAUUCCCCCAUCCGGAAGCGCACUCGAAUCUCACAAAAUUGUAUGAAACUCUUGAAACUGCUGAGCAACAAUUGCGCAAAGUGUGAAUUGAACAAUUUUUUUUUUAAAGGUCUCGUUUUUUGUACAGGUUCGGUGUUUUAUUUUAAAGCGUUUUUUGUAACGACAGUGCUGAGAUUGCAAUUCCAUUAAAGCCAUUUUGUGACUGAAACCAUUAUAAAAUGCGUAAUUGCAAGGGGCACUUGCUUUUUUUUUAAACAAAUGAAUUGGACUUUGUACAUUUUUAAACCUUUUUAUUAUUAUUAAUGCAUUUCUAUUUAAACAUUUUGCCAUUUGCUUCAUUUCUAUUGCUGUGCACUUGAAUGCAUUUGCAUUGCCGUCAAGAAGUGGCCGCAUCGCAAGAGUUUCCGUUGGAGCCGUGGUUCCGUUCACAAUCGCGGUGCUUCUACGAAUACAACAAACAAAAAAACCACCACGUGACCCCUUGACCCACCAUUGCUCACGACCUCUUCUCGGGCUCUUGCAAAAAUAUUUGGCCCAAAAAAAAUCUGACCUCCAUUUCCAGCAUCUGUUUACAAAACGGGCCCUGUGAAACAACCUUGUACUGAUAAUGUUAUGUGGUGCUUGGGUUUGGACAGCACAGUAUAUUCCAGGCUCAAUUGUGUCUCCAAUCCCCUAUUUACACUGCAGAAAAACCGCUUAGAUGUCCCAGUUUAUUUCUUUUUUUAAAGUGCGCUUUUGUUCACCAAUCACCUAAAGCCGGUUGUGGAAACGUUGACGUCCCUAUUGCAUUCGCAUGAUUAUAGCCUUCUGUUGACAGCUAAGCAGCUCCCUGUUAUAUUUUUCUUUAAAAAUGUAUUUCCAAAGUAUUACAGCAAUACCACCGCAUUGCGUACGUGUACCUAAAGUGCAAAGACAUUAUUAGACAGUGUUACCCAGCUUGCGUACUGGCGAUGCAUAUCUUGUUGGUGUGCCUUAACUACAAAAAGAAACUGCAUUUCAUGCUUGAAGAGGCUGCUGUUUGAAUGUUGUUGCACGGCGUUUUUUUUUAAUAGGGGUGGUGGUGGUGGGGGGGGGGGAUUCACGCGUAAAGUCAUGUCGGUGUGUCUGACGUGUGUGUUCCUAUAUUACAAACAAUAAAAAGGUGCUUUUUAUUUUAAACACACGUGCGUGCACGCACGAGUGCAUGUGGCGCGUCAGUUCGCGCGCGCGCGCUCUUCGUGCCGGGGACGGGGAUUUGCGUUCACCUCGCUCCCUCGUUCGCGCACGUUUUGGAACACGGUUCGAUUUAAAUUCCGUGAACUGGUGUGAGUUUGGGGUUGGUUUGGCUUUUGGUUGUGGUGGCGGUGGAGUGCGCUCGGAACACGAGAGGAUGCGUUGCGGCCGCUCGCCCCGCGUGGACGCGCGGAACUUUUGUCUAAAGGCUGCAGCCCUAAAUUUGUUAUCCGAGUACUGUACAAAGGUAUUUAAUUAAAAGUUUACUCAUUUUUCAGA